GCGCGCGCGCACGCUCAGAUCGCCGCUCGCCUGGCUGGGUCGGGCGCGCAGGCGCAGUGGAGAGGCCGCGUGGGGGGAGCAGGCGGCGUUGGGCAAGAGAGGCCCGCGGCGGGAUAUUCCCGGCAGGCGAGAGAGAUACUUAGUAAACUCGAUUCAUGUGCAUUGCACUGAACCCUCUGAGUGCGCAGCGCUGAGCAGUGCAGGCCUGGUCCCUGCCCUCAACAAGUGUAUUUCCGGUGGGACCUAUAAGGAUUUGCCAUGGCUUUCUGUGCUGGGCUCGGGGGCCCCUUCACCCAUGCAAGCAGAGCACUCAGCCAGCGCGGUUUCAGCACCACUGGGAGCUUCAGUGCAAUUCAGAAGAUGACGCGGGUCCGUGUGGUGGACAACAGUGCCCUGGGGAAUACCCCAUACCAUCGGCCUCCUCGUUGCAUCCACGUCUAUACCAAGAAUGGGGUGGGCACGGUGGGCGACCGGAUACUGCUGGCCAUCAAGGGACAGAAGAAAAAGGCACUCAUUGUGGGGCAUCGCAUGCCCGGUCCCCAGAUGACCCCCAGGUUUGACUCCAACAAUGUGGUCCUCAUCGAGGACAAUGGGAACCCUGUGGGGACCCGAAUUAAGACACCCAUCCCCACCAGCCUACGCCAGAGGGAAGGCGAAUUUUCCAAGGUGUUGGCCAUUGCUCAGAGCUUUGUGUGAGCAGGGCUCAGGCCGCCGACUGCCCUGGGACUCAUGGGAGGGAGCUUGCGGCCCCAUGGCGGGGAGCAGUGUCCUGUGAAAUAAUAAACCUCUUCCUGUAUGUUUC